ACGAACAUGGCUCUUUCCGCUAACGAAUUUUCGCCUCCUAAAAAGACAACUUCGUCACCCACACAAACCAAUAAUACAAACUCUAACAAAACGUGGGCUCGCAUUCUUCGAGGUAAUGUGAAGACUUCUAGUCGAGGAGCUGGCCCUCUUACUACCACCUACCCUUCUAUCACUUCUGUCACUGCCUCUUCCUCUAAUUUACAACUCAGUCAGUUUGUUAAUUACAGCCAGAGAUCUUUCUUGAAAGAAUCUGCUGACUCAAACCUGAUUGACUUUACUCAUGUAGCUGACAGACUCAAGUUUCUUACCGAGUCUUCUGUCGCUUGUAGUGGAGAAGAUCAUUUCUGAUGUGUUAUGGACGUCGUUCGUCGAGACUUUCACAGAUAUUUCGCUGAGAUUCAG